GCAGCUCAUCUCACACGCACCACACUCGACUGCAGCCGAAGAAAAAACAACCCUCUUUCGCUAGGUAUGGACCUGGUUCCCGCUGCACACUCUCCCCAAUUGCUGGCAUUGUAACGCGGCGUGUCCCGCUCGAGGCGCCUUUGUUGUGGCCCAGCAGAAAGUCGUCAGUCACCGCCUCGCGGCCAUCAACACGCAUUGUCCACCACACCACCUGCAUGCAGCCCCCCCAGCAACCGCGCCAUUGCCACACUCGAAUGGCCAUGAAGACGCUCCACACAUAUACACCGUAUCCGUAUCCCCCACACACAAGAGUUGAAUACCUAGUGGAGGAUGCCAAUCGAUCGACCCAACCCGAAUAACCCACGGCCACUGAAGCCGACGCUCGCUAGCAACCGCACUGCAAAGACGCCCAUUACCCCUCGGCUCGCCGUCACGCCCACGCCCACACCCACUUCGGCAAGCACGUCGUCGCAGUCUGGUGGUCGUACGGUGCGCAGCAGCAAUGGAAGCACGCCUAGAGCCAAUACCACGGCGGCCCACGCAGACGUUACCCCAGUCAAGGCAUUCCUGAGCAGCAAUGUCACGCCUCGCUCGUCGUCGAGAAAAUCCCGCGUGGGAGUCGAGAGCGCCUCGUCUACACCCAGUAGCACUCCCAACGCUACGCCUACGAGCUCCCGGCCUGCCUCCACCAUAGACUUUCCGCAGAGAGAGCAGAGUCUCGGCUAUGGUGGGCUUGGAGUCAAUGGACACCACGGUGCCCAGAGUGGAGCUCGACCUCGCAGCAUUCCAGGGCAAUGUAGCAACCAGACUACAUCUACCCCAAGGUUGCUUCCUUCCCAUAUACACAAUUACCCAUCGUCCGAUACUAGCUCGGUCAAAGAUGUCUCCUCGUUAUUCUUCCACGCCAAUGACGCCAAACCUCAUGAACAGCCGGCACCAGUACCAGUACCUCAGAAAAAGGCGCCUGUUUUCUUUUACGCCAACGGCAAACAAAAUGACACGCCCCGCAAGUCAGGUGUGUCAUCCCCGCCCUUGUCGUCCGUAGCCAAGUCGCACCCAGAGAGCAAAUUCUUCCACGCCGACUCGUUGCCGGAAUCGAGAGACCGUCCGCCUGCUCUCACUCCUCCGCCCGUCUCAGCUUCGCCAGAGCUCAUACCGAAGGCUAGUGCCGCACAUGGAGGACUGUCACUACGACCGCCAUCGCCAACCAAGGAAUGGGCGCACCUCUCGUACCGAAAGGGUGUCUCUCAAGUCAUGCGACCACCAAUACACUCCCGGAACUCAGUGCUGUCUAUCCUGUCCGGUACUAGCACACCAGAUGUUCCAGACCGCUCAAGACGGAGAUCUAGCGCCACAUCAUCUGUUGUCAGAUUAGGACAUGCCAAAAGCGCCAGUCUAUCAUCCAUCGAUUCCAUUGCGGAGCUGAACAAGGCCCCUUCGAACGAUCUCUCUGCUAUGACGCCUAGUCCACUACACACUGCCAAUCGCAUAGUCAGCAAUGAGUCUUUGCCCGACAGCGUAGCGUCUGCGCCUUCUCCGCCGAUGACUACCUUCUCUGGCCUUCCGUCUCCAGCACCAACAAGUCCCAUCAGGCCCGCUGGCGGCCAAAGCGCGCUCGAGCUGAUGAACGAACUGGCCGCCAACGCACGACGCGAACGCAAAGUGCUCGAUCUUGAAAUUAGCAAUUCUUCGCUUCUAGCCAUCAAUCGCUCACUCGAGAGGGAAGUUCGCAAACAAAAGGCUGAGCUGAGGCGAUUUCGGCGCAUGAGCCGAGCGGGUCGCUUCUCGAUCGACACGGUGGGCUCUCCUCACGACACUUUCUCUACUACUGGACUCGGCCACGUGGGCGACCUCUCAGACAUGUCUGAAGAAGAAGAAGGAGCAGAAGCACAAGAAGAAGAUGAACAGCAAGUACUAGUAGAAGAAGAAGAGCUGGAGAGUAGUGACUCUUCUUUCGACGAAAGUACUCUAAGCCCCACCGCUCAGGCCGAUCGGGAUGAGGCGCAUCGUUUACGGGAUGAAAAGCGUCUCCAGCUAGACCUUUCGAAACAUCGUGGGCUGUUAAUUGAUAGCCAGAAGAUGAAUCAGAGCCUCAAGCGAUGUAUGGGCUGGACAGAGCAACUCAUAAAAGAUGGUCGGAAAGCCCUUGAGUACCAGGUCCGCGCCAGCGACGUCAAGUUGGGCGGACGGGUACUCGUCACCGACGACGAGGCCACAUAUACUGAGGAAUCUAGGGGUCUCCUCAGCCCUUGGAGCCCUUUGCACCAGGCUAUGGAUGCUCUGGAGUCGCCUUUUUUUGCAGAGUCUGAUCGAUAUAUUGAUCGCGAUAGUGGUGUAGCCCUGGAGGGUUUGAAACCUGUUGCGCCUGAGUUCCUAGCAGAUCUGACGCCCCUUGGCACGCCGUUUGAAGAGAGGAUUAAACACUUGCAUGCCUCCAUAGAUGCAUUGGAGGCAUCUUAACCCAACACGUUCCAUCGUCGUCCACUAUGUUUUCCUGUGUUAUUUCGUCACACAUACCCAGCAUUUGUUUCCUAUAUCCGGGAUGGCGUUCUCUUUCAAGUAUCCAGGCGCUCGGCGGCGUAACUGGAUUCACACGUCGUACGACUGUUCCUUUUGUUAUCUCACGGCCGCGGCAUGGUCGUGUGGAGAUUGUUUUCCUUUUUGUCUUUUGCUUGCAUGUGAUAAUGUUUGACGUACAUGAUUCGUUGUUUUUGCAUACGACUGCAUCUUGGAGAGGAUUUAGGUUGCACUGCCGGCGGGUCACUGCUGUACUUGUAUGUGUAGUUUUUUGAGAUACCCCCUGGUCGUUUCCAACUCGUGAUUCAGAGUAGCAAAGAUAGUAUAUCCAUGUUUAGUCACGACCUUGUCUAAGCACGAGUGAGUGGCACAUAGUAAUGCAGAAGGAUCCCAUUCCAGUCAUGC